AUGGUUGUUCAGAAAGAGACCGUGUGUGUAACCGGUGCGUCUGGAUUCAUCGGUUCAUGGCUAGUUAUGCGAUUACUCGAACGUGGUUACGUUGUUCGUGCCACCGUACGAGACCCCGGAAAUUUGAAGAAAGUGCAACAUCUUCUUGAUUUACCAAACGCCAAGACGCAACUCACUUUAUGGAAGGCUGACUUGUCCGACGAAGGAAGCUACGAUGACGCUAUAAACGGAUGCGACGGUGUUUUCCACGUGGCAACUCCCAUGGAUUUUGAAUCAAAGGAUCCUGAGAAUGAAGUGAUAAAACCGACGGUGAAUGGAAUAUUGGGGAUAAUGAAAGCAUGUGCUAAGGCAAAGACCGUACGAAGAAUCAUAUUUACUUCAUCUGCCGGAACUAUGUAUUUCUUGUCGAAAACGUUAGCGGAAAAAGCAGCAUGGGAUUACGCGAAGGAACAAGGAAUCGAUUUCAUCAGUAUUAUUCCAACAUUAGUGAUCGGUCCAUUCAUCACAACAUCUAUGCCUCCUAGCCUCAUCACCGCGCUCUCUCCUAUCACUCGGAACGAGGCACAUUACUCGAUCAUAAGACAAGGACAGUAUGUGCAUUUGGACGACUUAUGCAAUGCUCAUAUAUUCUUGUACGAACAAGCUCUUGCCAAGGGACGUUAUGUUUGUUCGUCUCAUGAUGCAACAAUUCUCGCUAUCUCCAAAUUUUUUAGGAAAAAGUACCCGGAAUAUAACGUUCCUUCAACUUUUGAAGGUGUGGAUGAGAAUCUAAAGGGCAUUGUGUUCAGUUCGAAGAAGCUGACUGAUAUGGGGUUUAGCUUCAAGUAUACUCUUGAGGAGAUGUUGGUUGAAUCUAUUGAGACAUGUCGCGAGAAGGGCUUUCUUCCGGUUUCUUUACCAUCUGAUGAGAACAAAUUUGCGACUAGUGAGGACAUUGUUGAGCUCAAGACCGGAGCUGGAUUAACUGAUGGUAUGAUGCUUUGUAAGAAGACAGAACCGGGAGUAGCCGGAGAGAAAACCGAUACUUGCUUGCCUGCACAGCAAAUGUGUGCUUAG